AUGGCUGGGAUUUUGAAUGAAUUUGAAACCAGCUCAGAGGCUACUGCCUGCAGUCAAGAGCAACAAGACAAUGCCAGCUGGGAGAAGUAUUUGGAAAGGAAAAACCUGGUUGUGCAAGCCCUGCACACUGACCUGAGCCUCCACCACCUCCAGGACCAGCAGAACAAGGCUGAGCUGCUGAAGAAGUGUUACUUUUACCUGGAGGUUGAGCCCACACACGUGAGUGUGAUACAAGAGAACGACUUGAUCUUUCACACCGACAUCUUCCAACUCAUCGACAACUGCCGCUUCCAGAAGGUGCGGGAGGUGGGGAAAAAACAGAUUGAAAUCCUGCUGUUGCUUUCAGCUGAGCUGCUGGAACAGCUGGAACGAGGUCGGGAGGAGCUGAUCUGUUACAUAGAGACCUGUGACAUGGGAACUUUCCUCUCCCAGUGGGACUUGAUAAGGCAGAGAAUGUUCAAGCUCUCCCAGUAUAUGAAAACUCUCCUUUCCUUGAAAGUGCCAGAAAAUCUCUACGUCAAGCACCAUUUGGUGUCACACGCAGAUCUUGGAGGCCUUGGGCUCCCCAACAUCAGCCUCACUCUCCGUACAAAGAAGCCACUGAUUUUUGAUCGGAAAGAAUCAUUUGCAUGCAAAGACCGUGCCAAGCUCAAGUGGUGCACUGAAAACCCAGAGUCACACCUCGAAAAGUAUGAGCUGCACUUCCAGCUGCUGACGGGGAGCCAGACAGAGAUGGGAUACCGCGGGUUUCACGUUGUCUCCUCUGACACCUGCAUGGUCCAGAACCUGCAGCCUGGCAGGACAUACAAAUUCACGAUUAGAAGACCAGUCAGUCCCACAUUUGUCUUGGAAGAAUGGCACGACAGCAUCAUAUUGAAGACAAAAACCUGA